CACGAUUCUGUCAAUGUCAUUUAUUUUGCAAUGAAUUCCACCAAGUCCAUGGCAAAUCCUCAAGAUGAAAGGGAGAAAGCCACGGUUGCAGCUCAAAUGUUGCUUGAGGAAACAUUAAUGGAUAUUUCUGAAAGACUAAAUGCUGCAUGCACAGCCAAGUGCAUUAAGGCUAGUUAUGACAAAAACGAAAUGGUGAAAGAUGAAGCUGUGUGUCUGGACAGGUGUGUGACAAAAUACCUAGACCUACACGAGAUAAUUGGCAAGAGACUCGAGGGGGAUGCUAAAGCAUACCAUCUCCUUGUUGACAAACCAAUUAAAAGGGAAGGAGAAACUCAAGAAUCUUCAGGCUCUUGAUUGGAAUGAGAUUAAGAGUUUUCUUAAAUUUCAAACUUGAUGUAAAUGACAUUCAUGGCAUGAACCAUGUGCCUGCAUGCUAUAAAGCAUUUCAAUAUGUAAUAAUGCAUUUCAUUGCUGAAAGUAAAACAAGUUGUAAUUCAAUUACAUGUUUUUUGAGUGUUUGAAAAUUAUUUUAUAAAUUAAAUGGUGUUAUAAAUGACUUUCUUAUUAAGGCAAAAUAUAUUAUUGUAAUAAUAAAAAUAAUAAUAAUGUCAUAUUUAAAAGACCAAUGGCUGGCAUAUAAAUGUAGUUACCAUUUAUUGUGAAUAAAAAUCAUGACUUUAACAAGAUAAAGGAUGAUGAAUA